AUGGCUUCCACGAGUCCACCAAUAUUCAACGUGGAGGAUCUCGAAAAUGCAGCAGCGGGAGUGGCUUCGCAGCGCCAACCACAGACAGGAGAGACGGCGGCGACGGCGACGCAACAGCCCCUGAGAACGUCGCAGAGCUUCCGGGUGGAUGAAGGUUAUAGCGGUGAGGAGACGCCCAGUGUGUACGAGGAUCCGAACCAGAGAGAGGACUUGCGAUCGAUUAGAGAGAGUGCAGAGCUGAAGAUUCCGGCUUGGGUGACAGGACUUGAUGAUGCGUUAAGAGAAGAAUACGCUUAUAAACUCGUCCGCACCCUACCGACAUCCAACAUCGCAUCGCUGGUCGAUAGAUUGGUCCCAAUUCUCCAUCUCGACUUUAUCCAACUGCUUCCUUCCGAGCUAUCGCUUCAGAUCCUAUCGUACCUACCCGUGCGUUCGCUUCUCAAUGCAUCACUGGCUUCGCGCACAUGGCGGCGAUUCGCUAUGGAGCCAAGGCUCUGGAGAGACCUGUAUCACGGCGCCGGAUGGGAGGAAAACAGCGCCGAAGUGCGACUGUUCGAGACCGAAAUGCAGCAGCAGGUAGCGGCCAAACGGAAGGCCGAAGAGCAAAGAGACGAGGAAAAGAAACUUAGGGAUCUAGCAAGGCGGAACAUAGACCGAUUUAGGUCGGGUCCCGGAAGCCAAGGUGAGAGCUCUACAUCGGACUCGUCCGGUGGCCCUAUGGAUAUCAGUGGGGAUAGUUCCACCCAAGGAAGCUCUGGUGCAUACGGCACUCCGAACCAGGAUGCGGGAUACUUUCCUUAUAUGGCCGAUUCUUUAAGAACUAUCCGCCAGUCAUCGAUGGCGGGAGUUUUUGGUGGCCCGAGUGCGGCAAUGUCGGAUGAUGAUGACAUGUAUCCAACCGGAAUGAGUCGGCCUAUAACAUCACAGGCAUAUGAGGAGCCAUCACUUCCGAUCCACCCCACAUUGACAAUGCCUGGUUAUAACCACCCCCGGCUGAAUUGGGCGUUUCUCUACAAGAAUCGUAAAAGACUUGAGGACAAUUGGUUGCACAACCGAUUCACAACAUUCCAAAUCCCCCAUCCAAAUUACCCUCAUGAAGGUCAUGCCGAAUGUAUCUACACCAUUCAAUACUCGCCCAAUUUCCUCGUAUCUGGGUCGCGUGACCGAACAGUUAGAAUUUGGAACAUGCGUACCCGGAGGUUAGUGGGGGAGCCAUUGAAGGGUCAUACCGGGAGUGUACUGUGUCUCCAGUUUGACGAAGAAGAGCAAGUUUUGGUCACUGGAUCGUCAGAUUCUAGUGUUAUCAUUUGGAAAUUCCCCACUGGCGAAAGACUGAAAGUUAUUGAGAAAGCUCAUCAGGAAUCUGUUCUUAACUUGAAGUUUUCAAAGAAAUGGCUUGUGACAUGUUCCAAGGACAAGUUAGUUAAGGUCUGGAAUCGAGAGCAGCUAGAAACCACAAACAAGGACUAUCCAUGGGUAUCAAAGGCCCUAUGGGCCACCGGUACCAGCAACGCUGUCGAUGUUCGGAGCCAUCCGCACCACCCCGAUAAUAUCGGCAACAAUCAGCAAGCAGCCUGGGCGACUUGGACUGUCCAGGAGCCCUCCAUGGGUUCUGGGCUCAAUCUCCAAAACCCGUACAGCAGCAGUGAUCCCAACCGCGCAUUUGGCGCUAGCACUCGUGCGCCAUCUAAAGGCGGCCCCAGAACUCUCCACCCAUACACUGUGAUCCAAAAUCUCUCGGGCCACGCAGCCGCCGUAAAUGCGAUCCAACUACAUGGCGACCAAAUCGCAUCAGCGUCUGGAGACCGUCUUAUCAAGUUAUGGAAUCUCCGCACUGGAGCCUGUGAAAAGACCUUUGUUGGUCACACCAAAGGUAUUGCAUGCAUCCAAUUCGACGGCCGCACCAUCGUCUCCGGCUCAUCCGACCAAACCAUCCGCGUCUUCGACUGCGACACCCAAGUCGAAAUGGCCACUCUCCAUGGCCACGGCGCCCUCGUCCGCACCGUGCAAGCCACAAGAAACAGGAUUGUUUCCGGCUCCUACGACGAGACCGUCCGCAUCUGGCACAAAGACCAAGAAGACCGCUGGUUUAUCGGUGCCACCCUGCACCAGAGCCAGUGCCCCGCCGCUCUCCGCUCCGCUGCCGCCGCAGGCGCCGGAACACCCGCAAACGUGCCCGCUCAGAUCGCCACGCUCUACCAGCAACAACAGCCCGCCGUGGUCCAUAUGCAUCAGAUCCAGCAGGUUGGGGACCAGGCAGGUCUUGCCGGUGCUGUCGCCGCCUCACAGCUGCUGCCGACGCACCACCACCACACUAUGGUGGCGCGGCCGAUACAGCCCCCGCAAGCUGCUCUUCCGCAGGGUCAUGGCGGGAACUCGGGAACCCACAGGGUCUUCAAACUCCAGUUUGACGCUAGGUGGAUCAUUUGCUGUAGCCAGGACAGCAAGAUCAUAGGUUGGGACUAUGCAGCAGAUGAAGAGAGUGUCAUGGAGGCCAGUCGCUUCUUCAAGGGCGGUUAA